CAAAGCACUAACCAAUCGACCUACUAAACUCUAUAAUGGAGAAGUAUCAAGUUUUACAUGGGAGAUCUCUAUUACCCAAAUUAAUCCAAACCGAAUCAGAAUACAAAAUUGUUAACCGGCUGGGUUUCAUCCCAAUUCAUAAUCUAUCUCAUUCACAUUUGAACAAGUCGAGAGAAGAAAUGGAGAAUCUCACGGCGAAGUUUCUCCACAAGCUACCUCCUCCGCUAUGGAACUCGAACAUAAGGUUCCUCACUUCCUUAAUCGCUAGACCCAAUCUCAAGUCCACUUCUUCCCUCCGCCGCUCGUCGCCGUUGUCACUCGAUUGUUCCACCUUUCUUCUCUCCGAUAUCCACCACAACCGGUUUCUCAGUUCAUUACCGCGACGACUCAGCCAUCCCGGUUCGUGUCCUCUACGGCUGCUUCAAGAGGAUGGAGACUGGAGCAAAGACCAAUUCUUUGCCGUCAUCCGAUUCCUCCUCCGUCACUCCUCAAGACUCCACGAGAUUCUUCCUGUGUUCGAUGCGUGGAAGACGCUAGAGCCUUCGCGAAUCAACGAGGCUAACUACGAGAAGAUCAUUAGGCUUCUAUGUGCAGAAAGAUCGAUGAACGAAGCGGUUCGAGCUUUACAGUCUAUGAUUGAUGAUCAUAAGAUAAAACCGUCUUUAGAAAUCUACAAUUCUAUCAUCCACGGUUACGCUGAUGGUGGUAAGUUCGAGGAAGCUAUGUUGUUCUUGAAUGGGAUGAAAGAGAAUGGUGUGUUACCCGAAACUGAGACGUACGACGGUUUGAUUGAAGGGUACGGUAAGUGGCAAAUGUACGAUGAGAUAGUUUUAUGCGUCAAGAGAAUGGACUCUGAGGGUUGUGCGAGUGACCAUGUUACUUAUAAUCUACUCGUGCGCGAGUUUGCCCGAGGAGGGUUGCUUAAGAGGAUGGAGAGAAUGUAUCAGAGCUUGAUGUCUAGGAAGAUGACUCUGGAGCCUGUUACUUUGGUCUCCAUGCUUGAAGCUUAUGCAGAGUUUGGGGUGUUGGAGAAGAUGGAGGAGACGUAUGACAAGAUUCUAAGGUUUGGGAUUUGUCUGGAUGAUGAGUUAGUUAGGAGGUUAGCUUGUGUUUACAUUGAUAACCUUAUGUUCUCGAGGCUCGAUGAUUUGGGUCGUGCCAUUCGUAGGAGCGAUCUGGCUUGGUGUCUGAGGGGACUAUGUCAUGCCUGUCUUGUGAGUCGGAAAGGUUUGGAUUACCUUGUUAAAGAGAUGAACGAAGCAAGAGUUCCUUGGAGUACAACUUUUGCUAAUAUUGUUCUUUUAGCUUACUGGAAGAUGGGGGAUUUUAAGAGCAUUAAUGAACUGUUACUCUUUGAGCUAUCGAAGAGACGUGUGAAACUUGAUCUUGUGACUGUAGGAAUGGUCUUCGACUUGAGCGUAGCUGGGUUCGAGGGUACUGCAGUUUUUAUGAGCUGGAAAAAGAAUGGGUUUCUUGAUAAGCCUGUGGAGAUGAAGACUGACCCUUUGGUUCAUGCUGCUUUUGGGGAAGGGCAGUUUCUCAGAAGCUGCAAAGAAGUGAUGAAGCAAGAAUCAAAGUCAUUUACUUAUCAAUAUCUACUAGAAGUUGUGGUUAAGAAUCAGAAAAACUGAAACUCAGUAUGUUAAUUUCAAUCUAUAAAUUGCACAAUAACUUUA